UUUGCCAUGUUUGAUCAUUGAUGACUGAUGUUUGCUGCAGACGCGAAUUCAUGUUGUGGUCUUUUCCCUUGUUUUACCCAUGUAUUGUAAAUUGCCAUUAUGCCAGCUUGCACAUUGAUUCCCUCCGCUUUUUUUGUUUAUAAAUUGUAGCUCCAUGUCGAUGGAGCUAUAGACAAGACUCGCAAAAGAAACAGGGUAGCAAGUUCGACGUUUAUGCAGCUGACCGGUGGGAGAUUGUAGAUUUGUCCUGCAGAAAUGGAAGGUGUCAACGUGCGAGGUGCCGUUCAGAGCUACUGCAGCAAACUGAGUUGGCAAAAGCGGUUUCCUAUCAGCAUAUGGCUACCGAGGUAUCGUCUGCCGUUCUUGUUGCAUGACUUCAUAGCUGGACUGACGGUGGCUCUAACUGUCUUACCUCAGGGUCUGGCCUACGCUAGUAUUGCCAAGCUUCCUAUUCAGUAUGGUCUUUACUCGGCCUACAUGGGAUGCUUUGUCUAUUGCUUUCUUGGCACCAGCAAAGAUAUAAGUGUCGGACCCACUGCCAUCAUGUCGCUUCUUGUUGCAACGUUUGGCAAGACUGACCCCAAGAAUCCGUUGCUGCAUGAUCCUGCCUAUGCGGUCCUCUUGGCUUUCUUUGCCGGUGUGGUGCAGUUCAUGUUGGGCUUUCUCCACUUGGGUGCCCUGACUGGUUUCAUCUCGGCCGGCGUUAUAGCAGGAUUCACCUCCAUAUCUGCAAUCACUAUUGCAUUCGGACAGGUCAAACACAUACUCGGUAUACACUUCAGCUCCGAGACAUUUCUGGACGAUCUUAUUAUGACAUUUCAGCACAUCAAAGAAACAAAUCCAUGGGAUGUUGUGAUCGGUAUAUGCAGCAUUGUUAUUCUUCUAGCUUUACAGUUGUUGAAGCAUCGCGAGAUGAGUUGGGAGAAAGACGAAUCUUACACUCCCUCUAGAGGCCAGCUCUGCACAUGGAAAUUCCUCUGGCUUAUAGCUACAGGCCGCAAUGCCGUCGUAGUAGUCGUAACGGCCCUGAUAGCUUGGACGUUACAAACGCAAGGACUAGCUGAUAAAGUGACAGUCACUGGACCAGUCCGGCAGGGACUGCCGCCAUUUCAAGUCCCAGAUUUUUCAAAGCCAGACUUGUUUAGUGUACUUGAGCUGGGAUUAGCAAUGAUACCUCUGAUAGGAUUCCUGGAAGCUAUUGCAAUCGGCAAAUCAUUUGCUCGACAGAAUGAUUACAAAGUGGAACCCAAUCAAGAACUUAUUGCAUUAGGGUGUUGCAAUUUGGCAGGAUCUUUUCUGUCGGCCUACCCUGUCACAGGAAGCUUCUCCAGGACGGCCAUCAAUUCUCAGAGUGGAGUGAAAUCGCCAGCAGCAGGCGUGGUGACCGGAGCGGUGGUCAUUUUGGCUCUGAGCUUUCUGACUCCUGCCUUCUACUACAUUCCCAAGUCAGCCCUGGCGUCCGUUAUCAUCGUGGCGGUGUUGAAGAUGGUCAAUUACAAGAUUGUGUUGGCUCUUUGGAAAUUGAGAAAAAUAGAGCUUCUAGCCUUUGCUGCCACGUGUAUAUCAUCCCUGUUUGUGGGUGUAGCCUAUGGCACUGCUAUCGGAAUAGCCGUGGAUCUGCUGAUUAUGAUGUACUACAUAGCUAGGCCUGGCAUCAAGGUGUUGGAGCCAUUAUCAUCUGGGCAGAUGGCAAGACCUGUAGAUGUGGAAACACAUGUUCAGGUGCGGUCCACAGCGGCAGUAGUGGUCCAGCUUGCCAACAGUGUAUACUACCCAUCUACAGAGUACAUAGUGGAUGUCCUUAAUGAACAACUCCAUGAGAAGGAUUAUACACGGCCAGUUAUAGUGGAUUUCAGCUGUGUGUCGGGACUCGAUUACACCAUUGUGGAGGGGUUAAACGAUGCCUUGAAUGACUUCAAGAAAGCCAACGCUGAGCUUUUAUUUGCGUGUACAAAGCCCAAUGUGAAGGCUUUACUUCAAAAGGCUGAUUUAGAUGGCAUGUCUAUUCACAGCACGGUACAGGAUGCCCUCAGAAGCUUGGAAGAAAGCUGAGGAACUUUGAGAAGUUUACGUCCAUCAACAAGUGUGUGCGUAUCUUCCUGUAAGUUAUGAAUGAUAAAUGAAGUCGUCUUCCGACAUUCUUGCAAACUCAUCCUGUCUGCAUUGCCUAUUGCUACUUAUUCCAAGACAUAAUCUUGCAAAUUCAUGAGAAUAACGUGAAUUCAAGUGAGGCAAUGUUAUUACUUUUAAGUGCUGUUCCAAUGUACAAAAAGUAAAAGUGCCAUAAAAACUGUGCAAUUCAGUUGGCUGAGAACUGUAGUUAUUUGCAUUUAUUAACCUUUUGACUUUCAGAAGUAAUCGUACUGUUGGAGCUUUCUUUGUGUUGCCAGUCUUAAAGGUUUUUUUUUUAGAUGAAGGCAUGUUUUUGUAACAGUUGCUAUACAUAUGUCAAAGUGGUAUACAUAUUUAUCUUCAAGCAAACUUGUUUCCUCGAUCCUAAUUGGUCAAUCCAUGGCAACAACGGUGUUAUUAUAUACUGUAUCGCAGGGUCUAUAUCGCACCCUGCGAAUUGCGCUACAUGUAUUUCAAGAUGCUAGCGACAUUCUCACUGCAUGCCCUAAACCGCUAAAAUGUUCAUGUAAAGCAUGUGAGUUCCAACUUUACUGCGCUUAAGUUUGCUUAAAGAUAAAUUGUCAUCACAAUCGCACUCGUGGAACACGGAAAAUGUAAAAAACUAUAGUGUUCAACAUACGGCCGAGUGGUAUUCAGCCUCGUGGUAUGUGGGACACAGACGCACUACAUUAGUCCGUGUUCCAUUGGUGCCCACAGGAUAAGUAAUAGUAUCAUUGGAACUACAUGGACAGUUACAGAUACAUUCAUUCUUAAGUAUGCUGAAGGAAAAAUAUUCGUGGUUUGGUAUUGUACACAUAGCCAAUAUUAAUAUUAAAAGUUACGUUCUCCAUGCUAUUUUCGUAUUUCAUCCCGAAAAUAUAUUCCAUUUUUUGAAUGAGACAUUGACCAAAUCAAAUCUGCCCAUGUUUAGUUGCUGAAAUAUUACUUUACAAUUCAGAAUUUAUUGGCUGCCAGACAAUAAGUACGUUCUCACGGGGUAGGCCGCUUCCCAACCCACAAUCAGCAUAGAUAAUGUACGGACCUGGACCGAAACCAGUCUGCUCGCAAAGUGGAUCUGUUUGUGCCCAAAACAAAAGGCUUUUUUUCAGAGGGUUGCAAACAUCCAAAAAAGAGAAGAAAAAGGAGGCUUUUUGCUUGGAAUAAAAAUACACAAGUUAAAAAUUUAUUUAUAGAAAAGAGUAAAAUUAGUGUACAGGAAUUGCAACUUUAGUUUCCCUUUAAUUUGGUGGGUGGAGGGGGGGGGGGGGG